UUAAAAAACCACCCCCCCUCCCACACACACACCCCUUUUCCCCGCCAGCGGAGCUGGGUGCCGAGGACAAACGUCCCAGCAGAGAAUUUGCUAAGAAGCCGUCCCAGGGCCUGGCUUCCCCGGCCUGGAGGCGCAUCUGAGCUGCGGAGAGUCGCCCAGGCUCGAGGGAGAGCAGGCGGGAAGCUGCCCCGUCCGGCCCAGGGGGUGUUGGAGCAAGCGAUGGCCCAGGCUGCCUAAGCGAGCCCAGGGCAGGGUAGAUCUCUCCAGCCGGGCUCUUUCUCCGGGACCGCUGCGCGCCUCGGGCAGACCAUGAACCUGGUGGGGAGUUACCAGCACCAUCUGCUCCACGAGCCCUUCCUCUUCAGCCCGGCCUCCAGGUGCCACCCGGAGCGCUCCUACUUCCAGAGCUGGGUGCUCAACCCGGCCGAGGUGUCCCCCGACCUCUCCGGGCAGCCCUCCCCCUACCCCAGCGCCGAGUUCGGGGCGCCGGGGCCCGGCCACGGGCCCAGCCGGCUGGAGGCUCUGAGCAGCCGGCUGGGCCGGCGGAAAGGCGUGGGCCCCAAGAAGGAGCGCCGGAGGACCGAGAGCAUCAACAGCGCCUUCGCCGAGCUGCGGGAGUGCAUCCCCAACGUGCCGGCCGACACCAAGCUCUCCAAGAUCAAGACCCUGCGCCUGGCCACCAGCUACAUCGCCUACCUGAUGGAGGUGCUGGCCAAGGACAGCCAGGCCGGGGAGACCGAGGGCUUCAAGGCCGAGCUCAAGAAAACGGACAGCCGGGAGAGCAAGCGGAAAAGGGAGCCGGUAAGGCCGAGCCUGAAGUCUACUCGCAUUCCCUAGGCCAUGGAGAGAAAAAGCUCAAAGGAAGGACUGGUUGGCCUCAGCAGGUCUGGGCUCUGGAGUUAAAUCAGUGAGAAGAGAGACACAAAUCAAAGACUGAACUCAUUUUUAAAACCGAUUCAGAAGAUUUUUUUUGCCCCCUGAGCGCUCGUCAGGCUGGGAGUGUAACCAAUCGCUCUUAUCAUGUGCAAUGUUUAAGAAGGAAAAAGGGUUGGAGAUGGGGAGAAAUCCAGGAGGGGGGGGAUAUGAAGAACUGGGCAGGAGGAAAAGAACUCGUGAGAAACAGGGUGACUCUAGUGUAAACGAAACACGCUCUGCUUGUUCUAAAUGCUCCGGAAUUGGAAUCGCUUCCCUACCUUAUUUUUCCAGUGGCCUUAAUUUUCUCCUUGCUGAAGGCUACCCCGGGUCUCGGUCUCCUUUCUCCAUAAAAAUGAAACGGAUGCAAUAUGGAUUCUCAGCAGAAACACAAAUAAGAGCGGUAGGCAGGACCCUUUCCUGCCUGGGCAGUAUGGGGCGGAUUCUGAUCAUGGUGGACAUGCAGAGGCAGUAAUAUCGGGAGGUAGCCCCGUGAGGUGAGUGAAUGCAGGAUCGGGACCUAAUGCAGGGAGAGCUGCUUGGAUCGAAUGAGCCCUCAACUAAUUUUUUUUUUGUAACCUUUCAGUUCAUUUAUUUUGUAACCAGUGUUUGGUUGGCUCCUGCCCUUCCGCCCAACAGUCUGAGGGAAACACCUUGUUCUUCUUUUUGUAAAUACAACCCCCACGUUGUGGAAAUGUGUUGAUGUAUUUAAACUACCUAACGCAUUUGGGAAGUUUCCUGUGCCGGGUUUUCUACCUCAAAUUUGUAUGACCACUUGCCGAGAAAACAGGUUCGCCAAGCCAACUAUUUAUGUGGAUUAAAAAAAAUAAAUAAAAGUUUUAUUAAAA